AUGUCAGGUACCAAUCUACUUUCUUCAACAAACAAUAGCACUUCCAGAACUAAUGUCACUUUUAUUCCAUCUGAUAUACUUGAGAAUUUGGCAGAAUUAUAUUCUAUAAUAGUAGCAAUUGACAAAUUAGAAAAGUUAUUUCUAAAGGAUAAUGUAUCAGAUAAGACAUAUACCAUACAGAUGAACAAAUUAUUAGCACAGUACAAGAUAUUACUAAGUGAUGAGAGAACAAGAUCAGCGUUUGGAGAUGAUUUGGAGUUUUUUAUAAAAAAAUAUAAUAUUAGAGGAUGUUCUAAUGCCAUAAAUAGGCUACAAAGAGGAAUUCCAGCAACAAUAGAGCAUUUUAGUGGUGGAUCUACCACAUCUGAUAGUAAUAGCAAUGGUACUACAACGAUAAAUGCCAAAGGUGUUGCUGAAACUACUGGUAAUUUCAUAACUGUUAUGGAUGCUUUAAAAUUAAACUAUAGGUCAAAGGAACAGUUACAUCCAUUAAUGUCCGAUUUGUUAUUGAGUAUCAAUAAAGUAUUGGGCAAUAAUAGUGGGAAAUAUCAAGAAAGGAGCAAACUAGUUGAAUGGAUUGUUAAAAUAAAUAAAUUGAAAAUAGACGAAUGUUUAACAGAUAAUGAGGUUAGGGAAAUGCUAUUUGAUUUAGACACUGCAUACAAAGGUUUUUAUUCUUUGUUAGAUUAA